GGGAGAGAGAGAGAGAGAGAGAGAGAGAGAGAGAGAGAGAGAGAGAGAGAGGGAGAAGUAAUUUACGUUGUUUUAGUACCACUUUGUAUAUCUGUACAGAGAAAGAGAAAAAAGCAAAAGGUAACGAAGAGAAUCCCUGUGUGUGUGUUUGAAUUGACAACAAAGAAACCUCAGCAACACUCAACACCAUCAUCAUCAAGUGUUAAAAUCAGAGAGACAGAAAGAGAGUGAGAUAGAGAGAGAAGAGACUCAACUUUUGUUCUAUCUCUUCUUUUUCUUCUCUGUUGUUCCUCAUCAAUAUUCUUUCUUUUUCUCCUCUUUUUGGGUGCUGUGGAAUCCAGCUCUCUGGUGAGGAAAAUGUUGAUGAGUUGAAUUGUUGAACAUUGUCUCUGGUGGGAGAUAGAGAGGUCAGCUUAAGGUUCGGUUGGUGUGUGGUGUUGUUUUGUUAUGGCGGCAUUGUCGUUCUCAGUGGCAUCCGUGGUGGAAGAUGUGCUUCAACAACACGGUACUCGCCUCAAAGAUCUUGACUUGGAAUCUAGAAAAGCAGAAGAAGCUGCAUUCAGAAGAUAUGAAGCAGCAGGGUGGCUGAGGAAAAUGGUUGGAGUUGUUGCAGCUAAAGAUUUGCCAGCAGAGCCAUCUGAGGAAGAGUUUAGGCUUGGUUUGAGAAGUGGGAUCAUUCUCUGUAAUGUUCUUAAUAAAGUUCAACCUGGUGCUGUACCCAGGGUUGUGGAGAGUCCUAUUGAUUCUGCACUAGUCCCCGAUGGAGCACCCUUAUCCGCAUUUCAGUAUUUUGAAAAUGUGAGGAACUUUCUGCUGGCUGUGCAGGAAAUUGGAGUUCCUACCUUUGAGGCAUCUGAUCUGGAACAAGGAGGAAAAUCAGCCAGGAUUGUGAACAGCGUCUUAGCUCUUAAGUCCUAUAGUGAAUGGAAACAGACUGGGGGUAAUGGUGUGUGGAAAUUUGGAGGAACUAUCAAACCCACUGUCUCUUCAAAAUCUUUUGUGAGAAAAAACUCUGAGCCAUUUACUAAUUCCCUGUCAAGGAACUCGUCCAUCAAUGAAAAAUCCAUGACUGCUCUUACCUCUGAUGUCGAGUCUAAUAAAAUGUCUGGGUCUCACUCUUUGAGUAUGCUUGUUCGUGCAGUACUAUUAGAUAAGAAGCCUGAAGAAGUUCCAUUGUUAGUUGAAUCAGUCUUGAAUAAGGUCGUAGAGGAGUUUGAGCAUCGCAUUGCCAGCCAGGGUGAACAGACAAAAAUUUCAAGAGGUGCUGUGUUGCUAGGCAAUGGAUCUGUAUCAAAGUUUGUUAUGGCAGAUAAAAAGAUGGAUAACAAGAUUCCUAUGGUAACAAAGAAAGAAAGAUUGCUCCAUAAAAACUUUGUCGAUGAUGAGGAAUCGAAAAGACAACUUCUGAAGAAGCAAAUGCUCUUUGAUCAACAGCAAAGAGAUAUUCAAGAACUAAAGCAUACAAUUCACACCACCAAAGCUGGUAUGCAGUUCCUGCAAAUGAAGUUUCAUGAGGAGUUCUCCAAUCUAGGCAGGCAUGUUCAUGGCUUAGCUCAUGCUGCUUCUGGAUAUAAUAGAGUUCUUGAAGAAAAUCGCAAACUAUACAAUCAAGUUCAGGAUCUUAAGGGAAGUAUAAGGGUGUAUUGUCGAGUAAGACCCUUCUUAUCUGCACAAGCAAAUUAUUCAAGCACAGUGAAUAAUAUAGAAGAUGGAACUAUCACAAUUAAUAUUCCUUCAAAGAACGGGAAAGGUCACAGAUCCUUUAACUUCAACAAAGUCUUUGGACCAUCAGCAUCCCAAGCGGAGGUCUUCUCUGAUAUGCAGCCACUCAUUAGGUCUGUUCUUGAUGGUUUCAAUGUUUGCAUAUUUGCUUAUGGCCAAACAGGAUCAGGAAAAACUCACACUAUGACUGGACCAAAAGAGAUCACCGAGAAAAGCAGAGGUGUAAAUUACAGGGCUCUAAGUGAUUUGUUUCUUACAGCAGAUCAAAGAAGAGACACUUUUUGCUAUGACGUGUCUGUUCAAAUGAUUGAGAUUUAUAAUGAGCAAGUCAGAGAUCUAUUGGUUACUGAUGGAUCAAACAAAAGAUUAGAAAUUCGUAGUAAUUCUCAGAGAGGGCUCAGCGUACCAGAUGCAUGCCUAGUCCCAGUUUCAUCAACAAAAGAUGUUAUUGAACUAAUGAACCUGGGCCAAAGGAAUCGUGCAGUCGGAGCAACGGCACUUAAUGAUCGUAGUAGUCGAUCACACAGUUGCUUGACUGUUCAUGUUCAAGGAAGAGACUUGACAUCUGGAACUAUUCUACGUGGAUGCAUGCAUUUGGUUGACUUGGCAGGAAGUGAGAGAGUUGACAAAUCUGAGGCCACAGGAGAUAGGCUGAAAGAAGCACAGCACAUUAACAAAUCUCUUUCAGCUUUGGGUGAUGUCAUUGCUUCCCUUGCUCAGAAAAACCAACAUGUCCCUUACAGAAAUAGCAAACUCACACAGUUACUCCAGGAUUCACUCGGAGGACAGGCCAAGACACUAAUGUUUGUUCACAUAAGUCCAGAGGUUGAUGCUGUUGGAGAAACAAUUAGCACCUUAAAAUUUGCAGAAAGAGUUGCCACAGUUGAACUUGGUGCUGCUCGAGUGAACAAGGAUGGGGCAGAUGUCAAAGAGCUCAAAGAACAGAUAGCCUGCCUCAAGGCAGCAUUGGCAAGAAAGGAAGGUGAAUCAGAACAUUCUUUAUCAGGCAGCUCUGAAAAAUAUAGGACAAUGGCUAGUGAGCUAUCACCUUAUCAUGCAAACCAACAGGGUGCUGAUAUUGUGAGCCCAGGGUGCCGGCAACCAAUGCUUGAUGUAGGCAAUAUAGAGCUUCACAGUAGUACCACAUUGAGACAAAAAACUCAGAGCUAUGAUUUUGAUGAGAUGUCAACGAAUUCACCGCCCUGGCCCCCGGUGAAUAAUCCUAGACAACUCUAUGGGGAUGAUGACAGAGAAACUGGCUCAGGAGAGUGGGUAGAUAAAGUCAUGGUAAACAAGCAAGAUGCUAAUAAAACUGAGAACAUCUUAGGGUGUUGGGAAGCAGACAGUGGGAACUUAUCCGAUGUCUUUUAUCAAAAAUAUCUCCAAGGUUCUUCCAAAAUGUUCUCAGAACGAUCCUACAACAUGUUCAUGGGAGGCAACAACCAGUUUAACGUUGCUGGUUCAGAUGACAUGGAUGAUCUUGAUGAUACAACCACUGAUUCCUCGGAACCUGACUUGCUUUGGCAAUUUAAUCAUUCCAAACUUACCAGCAUAGCCAAUGGCAACGGAUCAAAGGCUAGGAGACCUGUCUCAAAGCCCACAAAUAGCCCAGUAUUGAGCAAGAAUAAUGUUCAUUCUUCUCUUGGUCCUUCACCUUCAAGGAAACAAUCAAACAGUGUCUCACAUCGAACAGCAAGACAUCCAGCUCCAGUUGACAUGAAACGUAAAACUGGGAGUAGAAAGUAAACUUGUUUUGAAACGUUAAAAGGGUGAUUUCUAUUUUUAUUUUUUAUUUCUUUCCCCCUUUUUCUUUUUUUCAAUUUUUUAGAUGGAGGGCUUUUGCAAUAAUAUUUCUUUUUAUUUUUUAUUUUUUAUUUUUUGGGUUUAUGCUUGUAAGUUUUGUAACUUGUAUUUACGCAGAUAAUGGAGCAAUAAUGCCCGUUGCUUGUACCAUGGGUCCAUGACAUUCUUUUCAUUUUACACUGUAGCUUUUAGGUGAUGUAAAAAUUUCAAAACCACUGAAACGAUCAAAAUUGCAACAAUGGUUUGAUUUGUAAAGUCUAUUUUCCUA